AUGUCGUCGACGCGUUAUUCGCAGCAACCGCUGCAAAUUUAUCAAGAUCCCGUCUCGUUCGACCAUACCCCUAUGCCAUUCUCGAAGAAUGUCCCCAACCAAAAGAAGACAUCACCACUUCGCUCUAUCAAAGAUGCUUCGUCGAGGAGGAAUAUUGUCUUUAGCCCACCGCAGGGCGGACAGAACAAGCGGUCGCCCUUGAAAUCGCAGCCGACCUCAAGUUCGCCUUCAAGAGCAGUAUUUGGCAGCAACAAACUCAACCGUAAUUCUAUUGCAAUGCCACCACCAGGAGGACCUCUACAUAGCACCGAUUCCAUGGAGAAGAAGCCUCUGAUGACAAAUUUCAAGACCGGAGCUCCGCAAAAUACUUUAUACAACACUUUCGAGGCGAACGAGAAAGAAAACUUUCGUCAGCCAUUUUACACUGGAAAUCAAGGUGCAUACACUGGCAUUUCGCAAAGCAACUUUUCCCUCGACGGCUUCUACAACAGUAAACCACCCCCAAAGCGAUUACUAGACGCUGCGCCAAUAAAUGAGGGAAGAUCGUUCAAGAAGACACGAGUGGAGGACCUUUCUGCAGAACUUUCCAUGGAACCAAUAGAGCAGCUGCCUGCGCCAGAUUCAUUUCCACCUAUCCAUGAUGACGGAAACAAGCCUCCUCAUAGUUACGCUACCUUGAUCGGCAUGUCCAUUCUAAGAGCACCAAAUCGACGUUUGACUUUGGCACAAAUCUACAAAUGGAUUUCCGAUAACCAUUCUUUCUAUGGCGCAAAUGAUGCUGGAUGGCAAAACAGUAUUCGUCAUAAUCUCAGUCUUAACAAGGCAUUUAUCAAAAAGGAACGACCAAAGGAUGAUCCAGGAAAGGGAAACUACUGGGCGAUCAUGCCUGGAAUGGAACAUCAAUUUAUCAAGGACAAACCAAGCCGAAAGGCCGCGUCUGGUGGAUCGAGUGAUAAUACUCCCAUCAUGUCGGCUCACCCCAUGCCAGCUCCUCGACCCUCCUUGCCUGAUUAUCCUCAAUCCGCGGUUUUCAAGCCGUUAGCUUCCGCACCCCAAGAAUUACCAUCCUCCAAACCAGCUUACUCGCUUCCAGAGGUACAAAAACCACUCAACAAGGAAUUUUCUUCUGAUGCCACUAUUCCGGACAAUCACGCUGAGGAAGAGCAGAACCAAGAAAACACACCUUCAUCACCUCUGAUGCGAUCAUCACCCCCGCCAAUGCAUUCCUCCCCUCCAGUAUCUCGUCAUGCAUCAAGAAGAAAUGAUACACCUCCACCUGUUCCCCGCUUCUCACAUUCCUCUGCCAAUCGAUCACACAAGCGCAAAUUUGCAUCCAUGGACGACAGUGGUUAUUUUUCAUCUUUGGACUCAUCAGCACUUCGUGGAAAUCGACCCAUGAUAUCCGAGGCUGAUCGGCCCAGAAUCAAGAGAGGUCGGGCCGAGGAAGAGAUUGCUCGCCUUCGUGGCUCAUCUUAUGAUAGUCCUACCAAGAAGAAUCGUUUCGCUCCUCCCUCAUCAUCGCCUUACCGACAAAGUCAUCCGCCCAAAAACACCUCUCAAAUGCUUCCACCGUUGACCCCAGCGGUAAAGCUUAGAGCACCACAACGUCCACCACCUUCCGUCUCACCAAACACCAAUCUCAAGAUGCAUCGUGAAAUGGUUCGAGAGAUGGUCGGCUCACCACUUAGAGGCGUAACAACUAUGGAUGAUGGUCUACCCUGGAGCCCUGCAUUCAACCUCGAUGACACAAAUCAUAUGUUCAAUGACUUUUCAAAUGGCGAAUUCGAUAUCUUCAACGACAACAACUUCCUCUCAAUUCCAGGUAACGGAUCCCCAGAGAAGAGAUCAGCAAAGCGACCUCGAAUAGAUCGUGCCAGAUCAGCCAACAUUCUUGCUGAAAUCUCAAACCGUGAGAAUGCCAACAAGACACCUUCUCUCAAGCUUACCCCCAGCCUUGCCGCUUCAGUCUUCGGCUCACCUAUUCGAGGAUUUGGACUCAUGGAUUCGCCCAGUAAAUUACUCAACCUCUCAUCUCCAAGCAAGAUUCCUUCACCCAACUUCAACCUCGACGCCUUUGAUCUUCCCAACGACGAGUUCUUUGGCAACGAGUUCGUGGCUGAUGAUGAUCUGAAUGAAUAUGCCGGUGUCGAUAUCAUGCAGGGAUUCCAGAAGAUUGGUGCCGGUGGACAAACCUCUCGCAGUACGCCAAAAGCCAAUUCGAGACCUAAUUUCAGUCGUAGCUUUACAUCUCGCUUUUGA